GGAUGUUUGGUAUGCAUGCCGAACAGAGACCAUAAACAAUGCCGGACCAAGCCACAGUAUAACAUAAGUGGAUGGGUCGGCCUCAUGCAGACUAACCUGUCAUUCUGUGUUUCAGGUACUGCUACUGCGUCGUCGGACUGGGGCCCUCUGUCGCCAAACCGGUAGCUUUCGCAGGCAAGCAGCCCACAACGUCGCUUAUACUCCUCUAGAGCUUGGUCAAUAUGGAGUGUCGGCGUGAACGCUGACGAUUCAUCGCUCUUUAUCUCCACUUGGUGGAAAUCGCGUCGUCGAUUCCGCGGCCUGGCUGUUGAUAUAAUACGCCUGCUGCAUCACGCUCAUUUGAAUCCAUCAGUCGCUCUUUCUGACAUUUUCUCCUCCUUAUCCACACUCAUUCAUUCGAUGCUGUCCUGAGAGCAGCAAACAGUCAUCAUGCAGUGGAAAUCACUCCUUUUCGCCCUCUCCGCUGCCCAGUCAGCCCUGGCCAGGUCCCAUAUCCAUCACCGUCGACACAACACCCACCCUCAUUUCGACCUUCAUGAACCCAAAGCAAACCCCGAGCUUGAAGCACGGCAGGUAGUCAACGUCAACGCAGCAAUCAACGUCAAAACAAUCCUCGACCUCGAAAUCGUCACCAUAACCACCUCCGUCCCCGGCCACGGCCCAACCACCAUCCCAACCACAUCCACCGUCACCAACGUCGUCGCCGAAACCGCAGCCCCAGACGCCAACCAAGACACCACAAAUCCCCUUCUCAGCGCCAACAUCGGCGUCAGCAUCGACCCCAACAACCUCCUCCCUCACCAAGCAUCCACAACCAGCACGCAGUCCGCGUCCACCGCAGCAGCCACAGAAACAGCCACAACCUCCGACUCAUGGACGACACACCCUUCCAACAACCAAUUCAGCACGAGCGGCUUCGGCGCCCGCACCAACUCCAGCGGCACGGGGGUCAAAUACGCCGGCAACGUCGGCAACCCGUGGGGCAGCAACAUGCUCGAAGUGUCGGCCUCGUCCGCACACUUGUACAAAUACGUCGUGCAGUUCAGCCACGCCAGCGCCGCCGACUGGACCGUCGUCGUCUGGAACAAGAUCGGCCCGGACGGCGAAAUGACCGGCUGGUAUGGCAACUCGGCCGUCAACUUUACGCUCUCCGCGGGGGAGAAGCGCUACGUCGCCUUCGACGAGAAUAGUCAGGGGGCGUGGGGCGCUGCGGAAGGGAGUAGUCUUCCCACGGACGAAUAUGGAGGGUACUCGUGUACCUGGGGAGAGUUUGACUUCGGCAGCCAGACGAAUGAUAACUGGUCUGGGUGGGAUGUUUCGGCGAUCCAGGCGCAGAAUGCGAAUCAGACGGUGCAGGGGAUGCGGAUCUGCGAGUUUGGAGGGUCGAGGUGUUCGUCUAUUACGAAUGGGGCGGGGACGGUGGUGAAUGCGUAUGAAAGUGCGCAAGCGUCGAUUGAUGGGAUUGGAGGGUCGGUUGGGGAAGGAGCGGUGAGGUUGGUGGCGGAGUUGGAUUAUAGUGGUUGAGAUUGUGUGUCUUUCUGUAUACGAGAGAUGCAAGUGUGUAUAUAGAUUCAAGUUCGG